AUGCCAACAACACACGUUGAGCCGGGGUCGGAAGCCCUGCUCGAGGAGAUAGCCAAUUCGUUAUGGAAAUCCAAGAAAGUUGUCGUUAUCACGGGCGCCGGCAUCAGCACAAACUCGGGCAUUCCGGAUUUCCGCUCAGAGAACGGUCUGUAUUCUUUGAUCCAAGCACAGUUCGAUGCUGCCGAAAAGCAACAAGAUCACCCCUCGAGCGCUAGCGACGCGUCAGACUCUUCAUCAGAAGAGCGUCCGACGAAACGACGCAGGGCUUCACACGAUCUCUCCCGACCGAUCGACGGUACCAAGUUACCAGGCCAAUGGCCCCAUAACACUGCUCAAAACACAAUAAAAUCAGAAAAAGGUCAUGGAGCUGCUUCCGUCAAUCCGGAAUCGUCAGAUCCCACCGAUGAUGACCCGUUAGCACAGCCUGCAACACCGCGAGACACAUCGGGACCACAGGAGGAUGUCACAUUAAGAGACGUGGAAAAUUCGGAGCAUGCGCCAGGGCCGCCCACAGUGGAAUCGGCAAACGCUUCGUUUGGCGCUGAGAAACCGGUCGAGCCUCCACUAUCUAGAGGCCUGACGCCGUUGCCCAGUCCUAGACUCAAAGUGCCCGAAGGUUGCCCCGAGAUCACGCCUGGCCCAUCGUUCACGUCAUCCCCUCCUAGUAUGCCCGUCGAUGCGCCGCGUCUUCGUUCUAGAACAGACAUGCUGGCACACACAAGAAGCUCCUCGCCACUCUCGUCACCGCCUCCCAUUUCUUAUGACCCUUAUCAGGAGUCACCAGAGGGGUCGUCAUGCUCGUCGAGCGGAUCAUCAUCUCGGUCAGAAAGUGAGGAGCCCUCUUCCGUGUCCACACCACUCCUCACAUCGCAAACGUCGUACGCCUCCUCUGGUCGAAUGUCGCUACCACACAUGAAAGGCAAGGAUCUUUUUGACGCGCAAAUCUGGUCUUGCCCACUCAAGACGUCUGUCUUCUACACAUUCGCGACCACGUUGAGAAACAAGGUCCGCGCCGCUCAGCCUACGAACAGUCAUCGGUUUGUCAGUGUCUUGCGGGAUAGCAGAAAACUGGUUCGGUGUUACACCCAAAAUAUUGAUCAGCUUGAAGAGCGCGUCGGUCUUUCAACAUCGCUCACGUUGGGCGCUGGAAGCCGCUAUCGUUUUUCCGCCAGAGCAGGGCGCAGCUCUGCUGUGAGCCGGAGCUUGCUGAAGGGCCCCGAGGUCUCGGAUCUCUCAGGGGAUGGAUGCUCGCAGCAGGACUCGGAGCAGCCUCCCGCAUCACAGACCGAACUUGAAUCACAGGAAUUGAAAGAUGAAUCUGGCAGUGGAGAGCCUGAGGGCAAGCAGGAACAUGAUGGGUCUGGGUCAGACUCCUCGCAAGCGGUUCCUAGCUCAUCACAGCCCCCAUCUUCACAACCUGCGCCAUCGGGACCAAAACGUGGUGUCGAGUGUGUUUUCUUACACGGUUCCUUGGCAGAACUGCGAUGCUUUGUGUGUGCGAAAACGGCAACCUGGGAAGACGAAGAACGGCAAGCUGAGACUCUGGCUGGUCGCCAACCCACCUGCCCACAUUGCGCAGGAGCAACAGCAGCUCGGGAAGAAAAAGGAAAACGUGCCCUUGGCGUUGGCAAACUCCGACCUGACAUUGUGCUCUACGGUGAAGAGCAUCCCCAUGCUCACCUCAUUAGCCCUUUGGUGCAACAUGAUUUAUCGUUGGGUCCAGACAUGCUGCUCAUCCUUGGCACCAGCAUGCGCGUCCAUGGGCUAAAGGUUCUCGUCCGGGAAUUUGCCAAGGCCGUACACGAUCGGGGAGGAAAGGUUGUGUUUGUGAACUUUACAAAGCCACCGGAGAGUGUGUGGGCUGAUGUCCUCGAUUUUUGGGUGCAAUGGGACUGCGAUGCUUGGGUCGAGGAUCUCCAACAUCGAAAACCCGCCCUGUGGCUUCCUCCCGGUACUCUCAUCCCAGAUCAAGUCAAAGUCAAAGGGGCAAAGGGUCCACGGAGGCAGAGCGGCGGUGAAACAGGCAAGCGAAAGGAGCCAGCCGACACGGCGUCUAAGAAGCGCAAAGAGGUGGAUGGACCAAAUCGCAAGAAGCAGAAGCGCGAGAUCGAUGAGGUGGCGGACUCGGUCAUUGUAGCACUUGAUCCGGCAGAUGUGCGAGAGCCCUCUCCUCCGCCAGCUUUGGAGGUGCCAGUCAUACCCGUCACAUCACCAGUACCAUCGCCGCCGACAGCAUCUCCUGUUCGACCUGAGGUGGUUCGCGAAAUCCCACGUCUUCGGCCAGAAGCUCCUCCUCGGCCGAGAGAAAUGACCAUGACGACCGAUAGGCUUCCUCCGCCAAUACCUCUGCCAGGCCCGUCGCCGUUAUCCAUGUCAAUGACCAUAUCGCCGCCUCCUAAGCCAACACGAUCAGCUCCACCAUCACCUCCCGCAGCCCCAGUUAUCCCCGAACUCAAACCUAUUCCACGACGGCCAGCAAACACAGUCGUCGCACGCGAGCCCAAACUGAACCCCGAUGCAAAACGACCUGCUUCGAUACGAGACCACAAGCUGAAUGGGGCCUAUCUUACCUUCAAGAUACUGGGUGAUCUGAAAAGGAUUACCGGCGAACCACCAGUUGCGUUCUACACACCUUCCCCUAGUCCGGUUGCUUCGAGGCCAAAGCCAAAACGGGCUCGCAAGUCAGCGCCUAAUGCUCUUCAGGGCGUUGGCCUAGAAUCUGCAAACUCCACUUUGAUGAUGGAGGAUGACGUCGAAGCUAAUGACUCGAGGGGUCUAGCUCACGAAAGUUCAGAGGUUAAGGAUGAACGGGUCACCAACCCCAUGGAUGGAGCGGUUGGCGUCCCCGACACCCCUGUCAGCCAAGCAGUGUCCUCGAUAUCCGCCAUGGUCAAGAGCCGGAGGCGGAAGCGAACAGCAUGGCGGAUGAUACGGGGUGUGGAGACGCAGGUCUCACUGGAUGAGAAUGGCGAGGUGGUGCCGCCUCCCCCGCUUCCUCACACCGCCGCUACAUUCAGACCUUUACCUAGCCCUUCGUUCCGGGCUCUCCCCGAACCUAGGCCAACACCAGUGGCUUCUCCCGUGAUAUGUCAACCAAGCUCUAACCCUUUUGCAAGCAUUGAAAAUGGGUUCCAGGACACGGAUAGACUUAUCGACAAGCUGCGAGAACAGUCACGGCCGAGCACGCCUUUGCGCUUCCAGUUUCCGCCACUGAACAUCCCUGCCCCCACCGAGCAAUCCCCACCAAAGCUCGAGACUUUGGAGCCCAAGGUGACCUCCCCCGGCCCGCUCACAGCCAACAAUGUGAUGUCGCCCAUCUUUGCCAAGCCAAGGAACCCAUUCUUCUUUGCAGACCCUCUGGCUGGCGGCCUGGCCUUUCCACCAACAUGGCAUCAGCAUCAGUUCCAUCACCAUCAAGCAACGACUUCGAUGGAACGGACCACCUCGCAGCAGAGCGCCACAUCCCACCAAAGGAGAGGGUCGUGGAAUCCAGAGGAUCAAUUGCGGCAAGAGGAGCGGGAGCGGGAAGUCGCGAUGAUGCUAACAAUGAUGAGCAAUUCACAUGGCAUGGGGUACGCGGGAGUAUAA